AUGUCGGGAUAUUACUGUCUUAGAAAUCAAUUCCUCUUAAAUGGGUUGAAAGAGCUCAGGGAUGAAGAUGAUUACGUAAGGUUCCUUGAUGUUGGGUUUAAUGAUGACAAUAAUCAAACCAACAUCUACAUUGAUGACUAUCACGAGCCCAUACUAGAUUGGAUUGAAGAAGAGAAAGUUGGAGAAGGGGACAAUUGUAAUGAUACAUGUGAAGAUGACGUGGACUUGGUAUUGUUAGAUGAUCUAUCGGUGGACCAUGAAGCUGAUGAUGAGGACAUCCAGUGGUCGGAAUAUAUUAAGCUUUUUUGUCCAAGACAAAUCUUAUUAUAG